GUUGGUCGCCGCGAUCUCACCUAGAAAUAAUUGUAUCGCUGCAGUACGGCUUAAGAAAGCAAACGACUGUUUUAAUAUAAUCUGCUAAUUUGAAGUUUACUAUUUAUAAAAAGAAUUGUGUGUGCGAGAGAAAGAGAGAGAAGGAGAUAAUCCUGCGUCAUGGCACCAAAGAUAGUCGUUGUCGGUUCGUGCAUGAUCGACUUUACCUGUUUCUCUCCGCGGUUGCCUAAACCAGGCGAGACGAUAAUCGGAACUAGAUUUGAAAAGAAAUACGGUGGUAAAGGUGCCAAUCAGUGUGUGACUGUCGCUAAACUUGGUGGAUCCACGGCGCUUGUUGCCUCAUUGGGCUACGACACAUUUGCUCAGGAAUACUUAGAGAUUUUAAAAAAGGAAAAUGUAGACGCGUCUCAAGUGAGGAUACAAAACGAUAAGCACAGUGGUAUCGCACACAUUACCGUUGCAGAAAAUGGUGAGAACAGCAUCGUUAUCGUGUUAGGCGCAAACGAAUCAUUGACUCUGGAACAUGUGGAUUCUGCCGUGGACGUCAUCAAAGGCGCGAGCGUUUUAUUAUGUCAGUUCGAGAUACCGAUGGAAGCCACGCUACGCGCGCUAAAAUUACACCGAGGUCAUGGACUUUCGAUUGUCAACGGGGCACCCGCGCUGAAAAACCCCGAUCCGGAAAUCCUCAGAUUGUGCGAUAUUUUCUGCGUCAACGAAAUGGAGGCGAAAAUUAUGAUGAGUGUUGAACACGUGGACCUGUCCAACGUACAGCAAGUCGUGGAUGAGCUCCUGGCUAAGGGAUGUAACAUGAUCAUCAUUACUCUCGGACCGCUCGGAGCUGUGUACGCGUCGAAGACGAACAGAAAUAUCGUGCGGAUUCCCACUACCGAGGUUCAACCUGUAGACACUACCGGUGCCGGGGAUGCAUUUCUGGGCGCGCUCGCAUACUUCAAAGCAUAUCAUCCGCAGCUAACGAUGGACGAGUGCAUCAGGAGAGCUUGCGUGGUCGCUACGCAGUCCGUCCUUAAAUUCGGCACGCACGCGAGCUUCCCAACGAGAAACGAUCUGCCGGAAGAUUUAUUUAUGUAAACAGAAAAGGAAAUAACGCACUGGAGUGUGUUAUUUGGACAUCUGAUAUUUUAUC